AUGCCGCCGCGGCGCAGCAUCGUGGAGGUGAAGGUGCUGGACGUGCAGAAGCGGCGGGUGCCCAACAAGCAUUAUGUCUAUAUCAUCCGGGUUACAUGGUCCAGCGGCUCCACGGAGGCCAUUUACCGGCGCUACAGCAAGUUCUUUGACCUCCAGAUGCAGAUGUUGGACAAAUUUCCCAUGGAAGGAGGACAGAAGGAUCCCAAACAGCGGAUCAUUCCCUUUCUGCCAGGCAAAAUUCUCUUCCGACGGAGCCACAUCCGGGACGUGGCUGUCAAACGCCUCAUACCGAUCGAUGAGUACUGUAAGGCCCUGAUCCAGCUGCCCCCCUAUAUCUCUCAGUGUGAUGAGGUGCUGCAGUUCUUUGAGACAAGACCCGAGGACCUGAAUCCCCCGAAAGAGGAGCAUGUUGGGAAAAAGAAAUCUGGGGGUGACCUGACCUCGGUGGACCCCAUGGUCCUGGAGCAGUAUGUGGUGGUGGCAGACUACCAGAAGCAGGAGAGCUCGGAGAUCAGCCUCAGCGUGGGGCAGGUGGUGGACAUCAUCGAGAAGAACGAGUCAGGUUGGUGGUUCGUCAGCACUGCCGAAGAGCAAGGCUGGGUCCCCGCAACCUGCCUGGAAGGGCAGGACGGUAUGCAGGAUGAGUUUUCCCUACAGCCCGAAGAAGAGGAGAAGUACACAGUCAUCUACCCGUAUACAGCUCGCGACCAGGAUGAAAUGAAUCUAGAGAGAGGGGCCGUGGUGGAGGUCAUCCAGAAAAACCUGGAAGGCUGGUGGAAGAUCAGGUACCAGGGCCGAGAGGGCUGGGCCCCAGCCUCCUACCUGAAGAAGAACAGUGGGGAGCCCUUACCCCCGAAGCUGGGCCCUGGCUCCUCAGCCCACACCGGUGUCCCCGACCUGGACGGAGUUUCCCGGCAGCAGAGCUCGGUGGGCCGGGAUAGGGAGCUGCUCAACAACCAGAGGGACGGCCGAUUUGAAGGCCGCCCGGUGCCUGACGGCGACAUCAAGCAGAGAUCACCCAAGAUGAGGCAGAGACCACCUCCUCGCCGGGAUAUGACCAUACCUCGUGGUCUCAACCUGCCCAAGCCUCCCAUUCCACCCCAGGUGGAGGAAGAGUAUUACACCAUUGCUGAAUUCCAGACAACCAUCCCUGAUGGCAUCAGCUUCCAGGCAGGUCUGAAGGUCGAGGUGAUCGAGAAGAACUUGAGCGGCUGGUGGUACAUUCAGAUUGAAGAUAAGGAAGGAUGGGCCCCAGCAACCUUCAUUGACAAGUAUAAGAAGACCAGCAAUGCCUCAAGACCCAACUUUCUGGCUCCAUUGCCCAACGAGGUGACCCAGCUCCAUCCGGGGGAUGCAGCAGCCAUGGAGAACAACACGGGCAGCGAGGCCAUCGGCCCCUCCCGGCCCCUGCCCGAUGCACCACACGGCGUUAUGGACUCCGGGAUGCCGUGGUCCAAAGAGUGGAAGGGUGGCAAGGAGGCCCUGAGGAAGGCCUCUUCCGACAUGUCCUCAUGUGCCGGCUACGAAGAGAUCUCAAGCCCCGACCUGGAGGAGAAGCCCAGCCUCCCUCCCCGUAAAGAAUCCAUCAUCAAGUCAGAAGGGGAGCUGCAGGAGAGGGAGCGGCAGAGGAUGGAGCAGCUCAGGGGCUCCUCACCCAAACCUCCGGGCAUGAUUUUGCCAAUGAUUCCAGCUAAACACACCCCCCCAGCCCGGGACAGCAGGAGACCAGAGCCCAAACCUGACAAAAGCAAGUUGUUCCAGCUGAAAAAUGAGAUGGGGCUGGAGUGUGGCCACAAGGUAUUGGCCAAGGAGGUGAAGAAACCCAACCUCCGACCCAUCUCCAAAUCCAAAGCUGACCCAUCAGAGGAGAAGACAGAAGUUAUUCCCCAAAAUCCCUUCUUGAAGUCCAAACCUCAGGUUAGGCCCAAACCGGCUCCUUCCCCCAGGACAGAGCCACCUCAGGGUGAAGAUCAAGUGGACAUCUGCAACCUCAGGAGCAAGCUGAGGCCUGCCAAGUCCCAAGAGAAGCCCUUACUGGAUGGAGAGAGCAGCCACCAGGCUGCCGGGGGCCAAGAUGUGGCCUUCAGCCGGAGUUUCCUCCCAGGUGAUGGGCCUGGCCACACCCACGACAGGACGGGCAAACAGGAUGGGCUCAGCCCAAAGGAGAUGUCCUGCAGAGCCCCUCCAAGGCCAGCCAAGACCACAGAUCCUGUGCCUAAGAGUGUGCCCGCCCCUCUCCAGGAGGCUCCCCCGCAGAGACCUGUGGUCCUGCCCCGGAGACCACCCCCCCCCAAGAAAACCUCCUCAUCCUCCAGGCCCCUCCCAGAGGUCAGAGGGCCACAGCGGGAAGCCAGUGAAGGCAAGGCAGCUCCUGCCCCAGGCCGGGCCCUGCUGGUCCCUCCUAAGGCCAAACCUUUUCUUUCCAACUCCUCAGGCGGCCAAGAUGACACACGAGGCAAAGGUGGUCUGGGACCACGGAUGGUGGGCAAGAUUGGAGAAAACAGGGAGAAAGUAGCUGCAAGCCCCAUCCCCAACGCUGAUGGCCCGAAGGAUUCUUUAUACGUGGCGGUGGCCAACUUUGAAGGAGACGGAGAUACCAGCAGCUUCCAGGAGGGGACGGUGUUCGAGGUCCGGGAAAAGAACAGCAGUGGCUGGUGGUUCUGCCAGGUCCUGAGCGGGGCCCCUUCCUGGGAAGGGUGGAUUCCUUCCAACUAUCUCAAAAAGAAGCCGUAGCCGCCUCCUUCCCUGCCUGGCGGUCCCGCGAAUCCCUGCUGGCUUUACCCACGUAUUUAAUAUGCCUCUUAAUUUAUCAUCCUUCACGCAGCUUCAAAGGAAGGAAGACUCUGGGGUACUGUGGUUUCUUCCCUCCCUUGGGUGGAGAGGAGUCCCUCCCACCACAGCAUGCCCUGGAGGCUCAGAGGCCCCACCCCCUGCUUCCUCUCCAAGCCAGCAUCCCUACCUUUCAGGCUGGUGGCAUUGUAGGCCACCUAGCCGCGAGACACUUACUCUCCAAGGCCUCCAAGACCAGAACCAUUCUCUGGAAACUGCAGAAACAGCCUCGCUGGUACCCCACCCAGUCUGUGACGGCUGGCUCCAACUUCUCCGUGUUUCUAAAAGUCCAGGGACUUUAUUUACUCCGUGUCCAAAAUGCUUGGUACCAGAAAGAACUCCAUGCCCUGGCAGUUGGCUCCAUUGCCAGUCCCAGAGAGCUGUCCUCCUCGAGGCUCUGGGACCAUGAGCCUCUCAGGUUCAACCAGAUGCAGCUGCCGCAGGAGUGGGCCUGAAGGUCCACUGAGCCAUUCUGCCUCCCAUCUUCUGUCUUGGGACCCUGACAGAUCCUAAAGGGGUGCUUCCAGCCCCAGCAUGCUUCACUUUCCUCACGCAGGGCUUUUUAAAAUAGGAAUCUCCACCCCACCUUGGGCCAUUUCACUUUUGUCUCCGUCGAACAAGAAUCUCCCAGGUUUGUUUGAAAGGAGCCAUUCACAAUCCACGCGCCUUGUGAGCACCCUUUUGCUGAGUAGCUGACAGGUGCCAGACUUUCCUGGGCACUUGACACUCUUGUUUUAACCCUCACAUCAAUCCUCUCUUGGGAUAUUGCACCUGUUUGAUGGACAGAGAACCUCGGACUCUGUGCCCAAGGGCACACUAGCUAGGAAGAAGGGGAAAGAGGACUUGAGCUGGCCUGACUUCCAUGCCUGUGCCCUCCCCCCAGUAGGAGGCUAACCAGGCAGGGAAAGGAAGAGGCUGACUGCCAGGAGCAGGUGGCCAAGUGGCUUGCUUGCGGUGUGGGUGAAGGGGCAUUAGUGGCUGCUGCCAUAGCCACCAUCCCUCCAACCCACUGCAGCCUACACUGAGGGGUGCCCCGCACCCUCCACAGCUCCUC